CACCAAUCACUGGCAAAAUGGAAAUAUAUGGUACAAAACGUAGACUCGCAAAAGCCAACUACUGCGUGUUGUGAUGCGCAAUGAGAAAAGAAAUGAAUAAAAAAAAUCAUUGUAUUGUAUUAUGGUCGCAUGCAUUAAGGUAACAAGUAUAUAUCGUUGAACUUGACUGCAAACACCGUCGACAAACAAACAAAAAUUACUAUCAACAUGAUCAUAAACAUAAAUUGCAUUUUAGACGCAAACAAAAAACAGUAUCGGGCAUUUUCAAUUGUUAUUAAAUGUAUAAAAAAAAAAAAACAGAAAAACGCCACGGGAAAAAUACCUGUGUUUCUUUUCUUUAAAUAUCGAGUUGUUUGAAUGCUUUUGAAUGUUAUAAUUGUUUUAACGGCUUUAGUUUGUUAUUACAUCAAAUGCUUGGCAUAUUCUGAAUUGUUUUUCGCCUGCCACCGUAUAGUUGAAUACUUGAAAUGAACUCAUUUUACAAUAAGUGGCUUAUUGUGAUAUUUUGUCGUCGUUCAUUUUAAGCCAGCAAAUGAUAUGCAUAUAGAUUUUGGAGCCAAGAGUCGAAGCUUAACGCAAUGCCUAUUUAGAACAACAGCACAAAUCUUAUGUGCGGCAAAUGUCAUGCUGCUGCUGCUGCUGCUGCUGCUGUUGUCGCCGCCGCCUCUCCUCCCACCUGAUCCACUCAUAUUUGGUGAUGUCAAUUUUGUCAUCCAUCCGAUCGAAUGUGUUGAUCUGGUUCAAUUUGAUUACGUGUAGGCAUUUCAGCGACCAAAUGCCUCUCCUCCAUCCACCAUAUCCAUUACUUCGGACAUCGUGAAAUGAAAAAUUGACUUGAUUAAGUGACAAUUUGCAUUAAACGCACUUACAACGCUCGAUUACGACCGAUAAUUAAAUAAUAUAGCCACCAUUUUUGGGGGCACGAUGUUUUCCAUGUUUGCGUGCUCGCUCGCGUCCCAUUCAUAAAAUUACACUUACAUGGAAAUAUUGCGUUUCGUUAUAUCACGCGCAUAAGACGAAUGUUGAUCAUAAGGUGUUGUGUGAUGCUGCUGCUGCUGAUGAUGAUGAUGAUCAAAUUGAGCUGUUGCCAAUUCCGAAAGCAAUGGUUGUUGUUUUUUCACUUAUUACCAUAAGUGUGCAUUCUAUCGAUGAUAAAUAAACAAAAAAUCGAUCUUAGAGUAAAUUUAGUGUGUAACAGAAAAAUCGAUUGUAAACGUGUUUGUUUUCAUUGCGGUGUAAAUAGAAGAUAUAAUUAAAUAUGCUCACAUUGAGGUGUUGCUAACAUUUACAAUGGAUUUACGGGAUAUAAAGGAUGCGAAGGUGACCCAUGCUGGGUUAUUGCAGCACAAUGCAGAUGGAACAACGGAUCUGCAGAAGAUCACACAUGCCGGUUUGGUUGCGCGCAGUCCUGAAGGUACGGCCGCCAAAGGCAUGAACAUUCGCGGUAAUGAAGAUUUAUGGGUGGAAAUUCAAGCGAAUACAUUUCGCAAUUGGGUGAAUGAACAUUUGAAAGAUCCAGAUAUGCAGGUUUCCGAUUGGACCACUGAUUUCUGUGAUGGUACGCAUUUGUGUACAUUGGUUGAGAAUUUGCAGAAGCGUCCCCUGAAGGGAUGGAAUCGUCGUCCAGCGAAUCAACAUCACUACUUGGAAAAUGCAUCGGUUGCUCUUAAAGCUAUCGAAGAAGAUGGCAUCAAACUUGUCAACAUCGGCAAUGUCGAUAUAGUCAACGGAAAUGUGAAAUUGAUAUUGGGUUUGAUCUGGUCGCUGAUUGUGCGCUAUCAAAUUGGUCGUAGUAAAUUUCCACCUCGUAAGCUCAUGUUGGCUUGGUUACAGGCAGCGCUACCGAAAUGCAAGAUUAACAAUCUUACAACCGAUUGGAAUAGCGGUGUUAAUUUAUCGGCACUGCUUGACUACUGUCAGCCAGGUCUAUUUCCACACUGGAACCAGAUUGAUCCAAACCAAAGCGUUCGCAACUGUACAAAUGCAAUGAAUAUUGCUCAGCGAGAAUUCGGCAUUCCAAAAGUACUCGAACCCGAAUACUUGGCAUCACCAUGGCUCGACGAACUGUCGGGCAUGACGUAUCUGUCGUAUUUUAUGAAACCUGGCGGACCAGGCUACAAUGCUACUAUGAGGUGGGCAAAUAGUCAGCUGAAACACGAAGUUAACAAUUUCACGACUGACUGGAAUGAUGGUCGCGCAUUUAACGAAAUAAUUAAAGGGCUGGGCGGUCCAGCGCCAGCGCCAGAAUCAUUGAACACCCAUCAUUCGUAUUGGGAAAGCAAUGUCAAGAAGGCUGUUGAUGCCGGCAAACGUUUGGGCGUCCAACCAGUUUUAUCACCGAAAGACAUGACUAAUCCAGAUGUUGAACAUUUAGGCAUUAUGGCUUAUGCUGCCAAUUUGCAGUGGGUUACGCCAAGAGCACCGCUAUCUGAUUCGAUCGCCGUUCAUUUGGAGAGUACAUCGGGACGGGUUGGAGAACCAACUUACUUCCGAGUUGAAAUUUUGAAUCAUGAAAUUGACAACACUUCGGUUCGAGCGUACGUGAUUCCACCGACCGGAAUUCAACAAUCAGUCAAACUGAAUUCCAGUGGCCAAGGAAGUUUCGUGCCAGACAAAUAUGGAAUGCAUGAAAUCCAAAUUGAAGUCAAUGAAGACAAAUUGGGUGGACAUUUCUUCCGUGUGUUGCCUCGGUUCGUUCAAGUUGCUCCGCCCGGAAUGGCUCCAUGCGCUAUCGGAAGCUUGGUUGAAGUGUUGGUAAAUGCAACCGGUGCUCCAAAAUCGGAAGACAUUCUAGUGACCGCGUACAGUCCAAGUGGCCGUUCACUGAAAUGCCCGUUGAAAAAAUUGAGUGAAGGUCAUAGUGCCAUAUUCAAACCAGACGAAGCUGGUAUUUGGGAAAUUGCCAUCACGUAUCAAGGUAGACAUAUUCAAGGUGGACCAUUUACAUGUGCUGUGUUCGAUCCAAACGGUGUGUCAGUCCAUGGUCUCGACGGUGCCAUGCCAAUGCGGGCGCAUUCAUUUGAAAUCGAUGCACGAGGUGUUGGGGUCAGCGGUGAACUGCAUGUGGACAUUGUACACGAAAAGCAUUCAUUAGUUUGUUCGGUUGAGAAAUUAGUGGAGAAUAAGUACCGUGUCACAUUUAUGCCGCGUCAAAAUGGCAAAUAUCGCGUUUAUAUCUACUUCAAUGGAUACGAUGUCAAAGGAUCACCAUACAUUAUGCGCGUUGGUACAAAGGGACGAUCCGGAAAAACUCGCACGCACGAAAAUCGAUACCGUUCGGAAAGUCCAUCGAUGCACUAUACCACAACCACAUCCACAAAACACAACGAUUUCCGUAAUGCCAAAAAAGAUUUAUACGAUCAUGAAAUCAGUCGCUCAUUUUCGCCGCAAUACAACAGUUCCCAUGACGAUAUUUACAAAACGUCCAACUAUUAUACGAACAAACGAGAAGAGCAGGUGUAUUCACCGAGAUUGCAGUCACCGCGCCGAGAAGAGAAAUACGGUACCGAAACCUAUUCGACUAGUCUGAAUUCGGAUCUACGAAAAACCAGCAACGAUUACUACUACAACAAAGAGAAUGAAUUCCAUUCGAAAAAGAAUGAAACCGAUACAACACUUUUGCCACCGAGAAGUGAAAAGUAUUCGUCCAGCUAUGUUUCGAAAAAUUCAUACAGUGACAAUUAUAGUUCUCGCAAUAAAAACGUAUUCAAUCCUAUUUCCAGUCCGAUCCAUAUGCAAGCAACCAGCCCAAUUCCAAGAAAUAGCCCUUUGACCAUUACAACCACAACCAGCCGAUACGAAUCGUCAAGCCGAAAUCAUGUAUCUAGCCCAAGAAAUUAUUCACUGUCGCCAACGUCACAAGUUGCACAAGUUGAACGAGCAUCACCUGUAAAUUAUGUGCCAGCAUCCACACAACGAAUCGCAAGUCCAAUCAAUAUGCAUCGUGUCACAAGCCCAAUUACAACCAUAACACAUCGAGUGACCACACCAUUAACUAGCCCAUUGACAGUAAAAACUGGAGCCGGUGAAACAUAUAAAAUGACGGAAAAAAUUUCAUCAUAUAAAACAUCGUCCAACUACACAUCAUCCGAUGAUACUCGAAGAAGUCCAUCAUAUCCAGUAGCAAAGCGCAUUUCUAGUCCUGAUCCUGUUGAUAGUUCGCACAAUGUGCGCGUAUCUGGUUUGAAGAACAAUAACAAUGCUCGAAGAGACAGCUGGGAUGUUUUAAACAAAACAAAAAAUAUUCUAUCGCAUAAUUCACUCGAAUCAUUGGCAAACAUGACCGAAACGCAAUUAAACACUGAUUUAUCGUACAACCGUCCACGCGGUUUGGACAGCGAAACCGAAUACAAUACACGAUACAAUAAAUUCGAAUUGGUCGAGAAACGGUCAACCGAACGUCGAGGCUCGGAUGAUAUCUCAGACCGUUACAAAAUUUACUCACCAACCACAUCACUAUCGUCAAAACAAGAUUCAAGCACAAACAAGCAGUACACAACUCUAAAAGAACGACAAGAAUAUUCGACAAAAACCGACAGCGACUACGGCUAUGGAUCAUCACAUCGAUUCCGUCCAAUCGACAAAGAUGUGUCCGGUGCUAGAGCGAUCCGCGUACAAGAUAUUCCAAAUGGUGCCGUUGGACGACCGGUUGAAUUCGAAAUUGAUGGAUCACAGGCCGGUUCUGGGAAUUUAGAAAUCUUAGUCAAUGGCGGUCGUGUCACAUCUUCUGUUCGUGCGCUCGGUGCACAAAGAUUUAUAGCCAGCUUUAUACCGCACGAGCCCGGCAACACAAUCGUGCAGAUCACAUUCAAUGGUGAAACAGUUCCAGGAUCACCGUGGCACAUAGAUAUAAUGUCAUCGCCUGGUUUUACACCGUUAGGUGAAUCAAGUCGUCUUGUUCCAGCCAAGUCGCCGGCGGUUUUUGAGAUACUGCCGCCUCCUGGAUCAACUCUAAAUAGAGAAGAUUGUGUAGCAUCGGUUUUGUCACCUAGCAAAAACAAAGUCAAUGCGAGAAUCACCCAUGAGGCGGCUGGGAACGGUGCCUUGCGCAUCGAAUUCGUCCCAAACGAAGUUGGAACACACGUCAUUGAAGCAUCAAUUGGUGGUACAAAAUUAGCGGGAGGACCACUUAUAGCAAAAGUAUAUGAUUCAAGUUUAAUUCAAGUAACAGACGUAAAUGGAGGAGUUGUAGGUCAACCAUGUCAAUUUCGAGUUGACGCAAGUCAAGCCGGAGAAGGUCAGUUAGAAAUUUCGAUAAAUGAAGGUGAAGUGCCGAAUCACGUGCAAGUUGUUGGCGGCGGUCGAUGUUUGGUUUCGUUUACACCCGAAAUUGCAAAACCACACUACAUCGACAUUAAAUUCAACGGCGAAACAGUUGACGGAUGUCCGUUUGUUUGCGCAAUAGCCGACACAAGUCGAGUAUCGUUAAACUUAGCUAAUUUAGAUUUAAUUCCUGUGAAAAAGCCAGCGACAUUUCAUAUUAGCGUAAGCGGAGGUGGUGCAGCUGAAUUAGCUGUCAGUGUGAGAGGUCCACAGGGUGAAUUGCCAGUUCGAAUUAAAGGCGACGUUCAAAGUGGAUUCAAUGCAGAGUUCAUGCCAACCACAGUCGGAGCGCACACAAUCAAUGUCGAAUAUAAUGGUUACGCUGUGCAAGGAACGCCUUUCAUUGCAAAAUCAUACGAUUCGACGAAUGUGGUCGUUGGUUCGGUAAGCAAAGGUACGGUUGGCAGAACCGUUCAAUUCACAGUCGAUGCUGGUGAUGCGGGAGAAGGAAACUUAGAAAUAACAAUAUCAGCAAAGGGCCACAAUAUCCCAACACAAGUGCAUCCACAAGGAAAUGCCAAAUUCACCGUUUCAUUUGUACCGGCAGAAGCCUGCGAUCACAUAAUUAGCGUGUCAUUUAAUAAAGUAUCGGUGCCGAACUGUCCAAUAACUGUGCCAAUAAGCGGUUCAUCAAUCGGUCCGCAAGUUACAUUGAGCGGACCAGGACCCGUUCACUUACCAAAUUCACUGACUAUUAAUCACACCGAUGGUCGUCUCGAAGAUAUCGAAGUCAAUGUUGAAGGUCCAUCGGGACAAUCGAUACCGGCACAAGUAUCGCAAACAGCUGACGGUGUAUUCAAAGCUGAUUUUGUUCCGCGUUCAGUUGGCGAACAUAAAAUCAGUGUGACGCUAAACGGCAGACCGACUUCUGGAAGCCCAUAUUCGGCUAAGGUGUACGACGUGAGUGCAAUUAAAGUGAAAAACGUAACAACUGGCAGCGUUGGAAAACCGGUGGUAUUCAUAGUGGAAACAUCACAAGCAGGACCUGGCAAUCUAGAAGUGACCGUGAACGGUGGUCGUGUUCCAACAUCGGCCCAAGCCCAGAAUCAACAUACGUACGCAAUAAGUUUUACGCCACGUGAACCACAAAAUCAUACAGUUGAUUUACGCUUCAAUGGCCAAGACGUGCCCGGCAGUCCAUUCAUUUGCAAAAUUUCGGCUGGUGCCAAAAUCAUUUCGCCAGAAACAUUCGAUAAAGUAAGCGUUGGUCAAACAUUUGAAUUUAUCGUUGAAUCGGAUGCAAUGCCGCACGUCGAUGUCGUUGGACCGGCAUUGAAAUCGAUUCCAUCGGAAAUUGAAGCGGUUAGCAAUGGAUUCAAGGUUAAAUUCGAGCCAAAAGAAGUGGGCGAUCACACAAUCGAUGUACGAAUGGCUGAGAAUAGUGGUCAUGUCGAGGGAAGUCCAUUUAUUUUGAAAGCAUAUUCAGCGGAAAAAGUCAUUGUUACAGAUAUAAAACCAGGAGUAGUAGGAAAAAGUGUUAGUUUUGGCAUCAAUGCAAGUCAAGCUGGUGCUGGCAAUUUGGAGAUUAUUGUCGCUGUUAAUGGCAAAAAUGUUCCAAACUUCGUUCAAUCCGAAGGUAAUGCACGCUUCAAGGUUAAUUUCAGACCAACCGAAGCGGCAACACAUUCACUGUCCGUGAAAUUCAAUGGACUACCCGUUCCUGGGUCGCCAUUUUCAUGUAACAUCGCUUCAGCACCGACAUCACAACUGAAAACCGCAGUCACCGGCGAUGGCAUCAAACAAGCAUCCAUCAAAAGCGAUAACACAUUCGAAAUCGAAGGCAUCGAUGGUGUUGAACCAACUGUGGCAAUUGCAUCGCCAACGGGCGAAAAUGUGUCGUGCAAAGUUGUGCAUCAAAAUGAUAAGUAUAUUGUAAAGUAUCGUCCCAAUGUCGUCGGUCGCCAUAUGAUUUCGGUGACAACAAACGAUCAACACAUCGGCGGCUCGCCGUUUUCAUGCAAUGUUUUCGAUGUGUCGCGCGUUUCAAUCACCGGUCUAGAGCAACACAAUGGGCCCACAUCAUUGGGUGUGCCAGUAACAUUCUCGGUUGAUGCGGCCGGUGCCGGUGAGGGAACGCUUGAAUUGAUUGUAUCAACCGCAACGAGUACGGUGAAAGCUGAAGUGGUUGCCGUUGCACGUGGAUUAUAUGACGUAACAUUCAUUCCGCAUACGGUCGAACCUCAUUUUGUCAAUAUUACCUUCAACGAUGUGGCUGUUGAAGGCAAUCCGUUCCGUGUCGAUGUGCAUCAAAAUACGCUCUACUUGCAAGUGGGCAGCAUUGCGGCUGUCGACAAUAUCAGCGACGAUCAAAUCAUCGAAAUUGUUGGCCCAAAUGGAAAAUCCGUGCCAUACAAUGUCACCAAAAAUGUAGCCGAAUUCAAAACAAACUCCAUUGGCACAUACGUUAUUCAAUUCUUCGAUAUCGAAACGCGUACACUGAUUACAACCAAAACGCUACACAUUUUCGAUCCGGCUCUCAUUAAAAUCACCGAAGUCGGCGAAGCGGUAUGCAAUCGACCGUCUGUAAUUGCACUGUCCAUUUAUGAUGCUGGCAAAGGUAGUUUGAGCGCAUUGGUUCGAUGCGGAAAUACCGAAGUACCGCACUCGAUUCGUGGCCCAUCGAAGAGUGGCUCAUACGAAAUUGUCUAUCAACCAACUCGUGUUGCACCGCAUAAAAUUAACAUAUUCUACAAUGGUGUGCCGGUUUCGAGCAAAGCAAUCGAAAUAAAUGUGCUGCCGCCAACGCAGAAAGCAAUCAAUGUUAGCGGGCUCGGUUUGUAUCAAAGUCGUGUGGGAAAAACCACUUCAUUUUCAAUUGACACAAACGGAAAACCAGCCAGAGAGUUUGAUGUUGUGGUUUCUGGGCCUGGAGGUGAAGCAUUACCCGUACGAUGCUAUCAAACAAAAGGUGGCCAAUUGCAAGCUGAAUUCACAAUCAAUAAAAUCGGUCAAUGUUUAAUUGAGGUUUUGCAUCAAUCGAAACCAUUGCCUGGUAGUCCGUUUACAUGCGAAUCAUAUGAUCCAAAGAAAGUUGCAAUUCGUGGAAUUCCAAGAGGCCCUUUGAUUGUGCACAAUUCCAUUUGUUUCAUGUUGAAUGCUGAGGAUGCUGGAAAAGCUGAAAUUGAAUUGUUGGCCAUUGCGCCAAACGGCCAAAAUAUUCCAGUCCAAGCAAUUCAACAAGCCGACGGUCAAAUUAUCAUUGAGUUCAUACCAAAUAUACCUGGUCAUUAUAAAUUGCAUAUUUUGUAUGGCGGUGAACCAAUCAACGGUUCACCGUUGACCUUUGCUGUCAAUGCACUCGAUUCAAAUCAGUUGGAUAAUCAGCACGUAUCAAAUGGCAAUGGCUUAGAAGUUGCACAUCGUGGCAAAGAGACAUCGUUCACCGUGUAUUGCCCAACAACGCCAAAUGUACAAAUCGAGCGGUUCGAUGAACAGAGCGAACGAAUCGAACCAAAAAUUAAAUCAUUGGGCAACAACGAGUGGCGAAUUUCAUACACAAUUUUAUCGGUUGGAAAGUACGAUAUUCGUGUGAGCUGUCCGAAUCGGGGACCAUUAUUUGGUUCACCGUGGAACAUAUCAUGUGUCGAUUCGAACAAAGUCAUUCCGAUUGGCGGCUGGUCGGCACUCUUAGACGAAGAAGGCCGUUUAGCUCUACCCGCUCGGAUCGUUUUCGACACAUCACAAGCCGGACCGGGAGAAUUAAUGUGCAGUGUUGAUGGCAGAGUGCUAGCAAUCGAUAAACAAGCCGAUGGCAAGUCGAGGAUUUAUAUAUCUGCUGAUGGUUUGACACCGGGUGAACAUAACUUUGACUUAACAUGGAGCGGCCAGACAAUUUAUCAAAGUCCACGAAGUGCUGUAGUUGGUGUGCAACAACAAUCGGACAAAGUUGUGUUGACGGGAAGAGGAUUGGCUGCCGCACAAGCGGGAGAUAGUGCACAUUUUACGAUUGAUGCACUUCAAGCGUCCAACGGAAAACCAGAAGUCAUCUUAACUUAUGCGAAUGGAUCACCGCUACCGGUAGAACUCACACAGCCCAAACAAAGUGAAGCCAUUUGGUUGGCAACGUAUACACCGAGCCGAUCAGCAUCAGGCCCAUUAAAUUUAGUCGUCAAAUGGAACAAUCGGUUGAUUAAGGGAUGCCCAUUGACGGUUCAAGUCGGAACUUCAAUUGAUGCUUCGAAAGUGUUGUGUUCGGGUGAAGGACUAAGACACGGUGUUGUCGGCAGAGAAAUUCGUUCGUGGAUUGAUACGCGUCGUGCUGGUCCCGGUGAGCUAACCGCUCACUGUACCGGUCCACGAAAAGUUGCAUAUUGUGAAUUGUACGAUCAUGGUGAUGCCACAUUCACACUUAACGUUAAGCCACAAGAACCGGGAAAACAUCUGCUUACUAUCAAAUACGGUGGUCAACAUGUUGCUGGAUCACCAUUCGCACUGAAAGUUGCCGGAGCUCCUGAUGCCAGCAAGGUACGUGUAUAUGGGCCUGGUAUUGAGCAUGGCGUAUUGGCAACAUUCCAAUCGCGUUUCAUAUGCGACACACGUGGAGCUGGCGCGGGUCAAUUAACAGUUAGAGUUCGUGGGCCAAAAGGUGCGUUCCGUGUUGAAAUGCAACGUGAAAGUCAGAAAGAUCGCACCAUUUUAUGUAAAUAUGAUCCAACCGAGCCGGGAGAUUAUCGCGUUGAAGUCAAAUGGGCCGGAGAAUUGGUGCCUGGUUCUCCAUUCCCUGUCAUGAUUUUCGAUACAGAAGAAGAACUGCGUCGAUUUAUCCAUGGAAUAAACUAGCUCAAAACUACAAAUACAACAGCAUCAACAAUUUAGAUUUUGUACGCAAAUAAUUCUGACAAGCAGCAUAUAAACACAAAUCCAUUUUUCAAGUCCAAUUUCUGUUAUUGAUUACAAUUAUACAUUUCUUUAUUAUUCCCUUUUUCUUCCCUUUUUCUUCUUUUAAUGAAAAUAGACCAAUUCAAAUGAACAAAGCAAAAAAAAAAAUAAAUUCUACAUAAGCCAAUUAUUAUAAUAAUAAAUAUAUUUAGGAUUAAUUAUUUUUAUUAUUGUUACUAAACGGAGAAACAUUUUUAAUAUUUUUAUACAUGAAAAAUAUGCUUAACAUUUACUUGUUAUUGGAACACUCUAUGAAUUAACAAUUAAACAUUUAUUUUUGACAAAAAAAAA